CCUCGCUCCCGCAGAGAAGCUAGAUUUCCCAAAGCCCCCCACCCGCCCCGCCCCCACCACCUCGUCCUCCCCGCCGCGCACCAGACCCUAGCCACCCCCGCCGAUCCCAAUGGCCGCCACGCAGCACCGGCCCCUCCACGCCCUCCUCGGCGGCGGCGCAGGUACGCACGCUCCCCCUUCCUCUGCUCUCUCUCUCCCGAUUCGGCCGAUCUGCGGGGCUGACCGACCCUGCCCUGCCGCUCCCCGCCGAGCCGCCGACCUGCUCCUCUGGAGGCGGAGGAACGCCUCCGCGACCGCCGUCACGGGCGCCACGCUCGUCUGGUUCGUCUUCGAGCGCGCCGGGUACAGCCUCGCGUCGGUCCUCUCCAACGCCCUCCUCCUCCUCGUCAUCAUCCUCUUCUUUUGGGCCAAGUCUGCCUCGCUGCUCAACAGAUUUAUCUUCCCUGAGGAUUCAUCUUCCUUCCCCGUCAACAACUUAGACGUCGGAGAAGAGCUCUCCCUUCUUGCCGCUCCGUCCUCCUUGCCGACCAGAUCCGCGCUUCUCCGCUCGACGCCGGCACGUGCUGCUGUGGCAUGGCUGGCUGAUGCUGCUGCGGCAUGACAGUACCAGAGGUUGCCACACGGAUGCUCUUUGGACUACGAUAUGGACAUGAAGGCAUUUGUUUUAGUGUCAAAUAUUACUUACUAAUGCCCGCACAGUAUCGUUGUGUAUUAUAUUUGCUAUGGAGCUAUGUAUGUAUGGAUGCUAUGGAACUAUAUGUAUAUAUGGAUGCUAUGGAAUUUUGGAUGUAUGGAUGCUAUAGAAUUUUGAUAUAUGGAUCAUGAAAUUUGUUAUGC